AUGGACGAGCCGGAGAUGUGUGCGCGAUCAACACAGCAUCGCUCACAGAAAGGAAUCGCUAUGGGCGGCAUUACCACUGGUGUCGGACUGUUCUCAGGGAUUGAUACAAGCUCGCUCAUCGAGCAGCUCUUGUCUAUUGAAGCGCGGCCCAAAGCACUAGCGCAGACCCGACUUAUUCAGCUGCAGAGCCAACAAGCGGCGUAUCUAGAUCUCAACUCGCGCAUGAGCGCCCUUGAGAAUCUCGCGAAAGCGUUCCGUACGGACAACAUCUUCAAGAACAAGCAAGCGGUCGUGUCCAACGACGCGAUCCUCACCGCAAACGCUUCACAGGAUGCCCUCCCUGGCACUUACGAUUUCGUGGUCGAUCGAUUGGUCUCGACUCAACAAAUGCUCACACGCGGGUUCGCAACAAGCGACGCCGCGGCGGGUUUGUCGUCGCUGACCUUCGAGGGUGCUGAGGCGCGUCUUGAUCGUGAUACUGAACUCGCGAACCUGAACAAUGGUGAUGGGAUCACGCGCGGGAAGAUCAUUAUCAACAACGGUACAAGCAAUGUUGAAGUUGACCUCUCGCGUGCGGGUACAGUCAACGAGGUCCUCGAUGCAAUCAACGAGGUCUCUGGUGUCAGCGCUCGCGUCGAGAACGACAAGUUUGUCAUUGACGGCGUGACUUCAAUCUCCAAUGCCGACGGGCGCGAUGUCCUCGAAUCGCUCGGACUCGAUGGAGAUAUUGUCGGAAACACACUCACAGGAUCUUCGGUCUACACACUCGGAACAAACACGCCGCUCAACUCCCUGAAUGAUGGGCGCGGCGUGGGUGUACGGAAUACUUCAGGUGAAGGGGUCUGGGACUUCUCAAUCACUCUGGAUGACAAUGAUCCAUUCCCCGAUUUCAUCUUUGAUUCCAACGACACAACACUCCAGAUCCGUCUGGGUGACAUCGAAGAACUGGUGGACGACGAACUCACUGUGACCAGCAGCGCAGUCACCACCGUGGGUGGAGUGGUUGAUCGGAUCAAUCAAGCAAUCGAAGAUGCUGGACUGGAUGGCGAACUCUCUGCGUCGAUCAAUGCUGCUACCGGCGGCAUUGAUAUCGUCGAUUCGAUGGGCCGCGCAAUGCUCAUCGAGGACAACGCGCCCGCAUCCGGUUCACAGAGCACCGCUGCACAAGACCUCGGGAUUGCCGGGACUUUCAUUGGAGGGAGCAGCAACGGCGAUCGCAUCCUCGCAGGAAUGAACACCACACUUGUUUCCAGCCUCAACGGCGGAAACGGGAUCGCAGGCACAGACGGAGUGAUCGAUUUCACGACUGCGAAUGGCACCAACUUUAAUCUGAAUGUUUCUGCUGCACAGGAUGUCAACGAUCUGAUCAACCUGAUCAAUAACGACGUGAACAAUGAUGAUGGAUUUGGAAAUCAAGUCAUCACGGUCUCUCUGAAUGAUGCCGGUAAUGGACUGUCAAUCGUGGACAACACGACCGGCGGCGGAACAUUGACCAUCUCAGGGACCGGCGGGGUCGAUACCGCCGCGGCUUUGGGAAUUGAUGGAUCGUUCACCAGCGGCGUCGCGAGCGGCAACGACCUUGACCUCGCGUACUUCGGGACUGCGACCACGCUCGAUUCGCUCUACGACGGCGAUGGGAUCGGGACCGGUUCAUUCGAGAUCAUUGACGGCGACAACAACAGAGCCGAGAUCAGCAUCUCAUCGAGCGACAAGACACUCGCGGAUGUCAUCCGUCGCAUCAAUCAAUCUUCAGCGGUCGAUGUCACCGCACGCAUCAACGACACGGGUGACGGGAUCAUCAUCGAGGACAAUACCGCCGGCGCGGGACUGCUUGAGAUCAAUGACACCGAUGGGACGGUUGCCUCGAAGCUGAGGUUCGCUGGAAAGAUCACUGACGAUGAUUAUGCCGCAGGAAACCGAUUCCUCGAUGGAUCGUUCGAGACCAAUAUUGAACUCGAUCCCAACGACUCGCUCGAAGAGGUGAUCAGCGCGAUCAACUCCUCCGACGCCGGGAUCAGCGCUUCGCUGCUCAAUACUGGAUCAGGAUCAGCGCCGUUCCGCAUCUCGCUCGCUUCGGAAGACACUGGGAGUGCAGGACGCUUCAUCGUGGAUUCGGGAGGUUUCGAUCUCGGACUGAGCACGAUCGACGAAGGGAACGACUCUCGAGUGUUCUACGGAUCGACGAAUCCAGCAGACGGGAUCCUCAUCCGAUCAUCAAGCAACCAACUCGACGGCGUCAUCCAGGGAGUCACGAUUGAUCUGCUCUCAACGAGUGAUGAAUCGGUCGAGAUUGCGAUCUCCGAAGAUACCGAAUCCAUCGAGGGCAAAAUCCAAGAGUUCGUUGAUGCGUUUAACGAAGCGGUCGAGCAGAUCGAUUUCCAGACUCGAUACGAUCAGGAAACCGAAGCACGCGGAACGCUACUUGGUGACGGCACAGUCAUCGGACUGCGGAACUCCAUGUUCUCAGCGCUCCAGCGCACCAAUGAUGGGUUCACUUCCGAGUUCAGUCGAUUGAGUGAGGUUGGGAUUACAGUGGGUUCGGGAUCGACACUCGAGUUUGACGCCGAGAAGUUCAGACAGGCAUACGCGGACGAUCCUCAAGCUGUUGAAGAUCUCUUCACUCGCCGAACGAUUGAAACGAGCAAUGACGACGACGAGGAUUCCACCUUCCUCAAUCCGGACACGGAGAUCGAGUACUCCGAACGCGGCGUCAUGGUGCUUUUCGAAGAGUUCGCAAACCGCUACACCGAUUCAUUAACAGGUAUUUUGAGCGGUCGUGAUGAUGCUUACGAUGAUCAGAUCGCUCUGCAAGAAUCUCGGAUUGAAACCAUCGACGCACGGCUCGAAGCACGACGCGAAGUCCUUACACGCCAGUUCCUUGCGAUGGAGCAGGCGAUCGCGAGCUUCCAGACACAAGGAUCGGCGCUCUCGCAGAUCUCAGCGAUUGGCUGA